CCGGCGUGUGACCGGCGGCCUCUGCCCCGCAGCGAGCCCGGCGGAGCGGAGCGGAGCGGAGCGGGGACGGCUCGGCGAUGCGGCGGGGGCGCUGAGCGGCGCGGCCAUGGCUCUGCGGGCCGCCGCCGCCGUGUGGGUGCUGUGCGGCGUCCUGCUGCAGCACGGCCGCGGCGACAGGGCCCCGGCGCCGCACCUGGAGGAGGCGGCCAGCGCAGCAGAAUUCUGCCGAAUCGACAAGCCCUUGUGCCACGAUGAGGAUGAGCAGCUCAGCUUCGAGGCUGUCCGCAACAUACAUAAGCAGAUGGACGACGAUGCCAAUGGCAACGUGGACGUAGAGGAGAGUGAUGAGUUCUUGAGAGAGGACUUAAAUUACCAUGACCCAACAGUCAAGCACAGCACUUUCCAUGGAGAAGACAAGCUCAUUAGUGUGGAAGAUCUUUGGAAGGCCUGGAAGACAUCUGAAGUGUAUAAUUGGACAGUUGACGAGGUGGUUCAGUGGCUCAUUACAUACGUCGAGCUGCCGCAGUAUGAAGAGACCUUCAGAAAGUUGCAGCUGAGUGGACAUGCCAUGCCCAGGCUAGCAGUAAACAACGCUACCAUGAUGGGAACUGUUCUGAAAAUGACAGACCGAAGCCACAGGCAGAAACUGCAGCUGAAAGCUCUUGACACUGUGCUCUUUGGGCCUCCUCUCUUGACUCGUCACAACCACCUGAAAGACUUCAUGCUGGUGGUGUCUAUUGUCAUCGGAGUGGGUGGCUGCUGGUUUGCCUAUAUCCAGAACCGCUACUCGAAGGAGCACAUGAAGAAGAUGAUGAAAGACCUCGAGGGGCUUCACAGAGCUGAACAGUCUCUCCAUGACCUUCAAGAAAGACUGCAGAAGGCACAAGAGGAACAUCGCUCUGUGGAGGUGGAAAAGGUGCACCUGGAGAAGAAGCUUCAGGAUGAGAUCAGCAUCGCCAAGCAGGAGGCACACCGGCUCCGAGAGCUGCGGGAGGGCACAGAGAAUGAGCUGAGCAGGCAGAAAUACGCUGAGCAGGAGCUGGAGCAGGUGCGGAUGGCGCUCAAGAACGCCGAGAAGGAGCUGGAGUCUCACUGCAGCUGGGCUGCACCCGAGGCCCUGCAGAAGUGGCUCCAGCUGACCCACGAGGUGGAGGUCCAGUACUACAACAUCAAGAAACAGAACGCAGAGAAGCAGCUCCUGGUGGCCAAGGAAGGGGCUGAAAAAAUUAAAAAGAAGCGAAACACCCUGUUUGGAACAUUUCAUGUUGCUCACAGCUCAUCUCUAGAUGAUGUCGAUCAUAAAAUCUUAACUGCAAAACAAGCCCUGAGUGAAGUGACAGCGGCGCUGCGGGAGCGCCUGCAUCGCUGGCAGCAGAUAGAGCUGCUCUGCGGCUUCCAGAUCGUCAACAACCCCGGCAUCCACACGCUGGCGUCAGCCCUGAAUAUCGAUCAGAGCUGGAUGGGCACCCCGCGCCCUAACCCCUCGCACUUCAUCAUGACUGAUGACGUGGAUGACUUGGACGAAGAGAUCGUGUCUCCCAUGUCCAUACAAUAUGCAGCCUGGCUUUUUGGGCGCAGGUUCAGUGAUCGCUCGUCUCUGUCCUCGGAGGAUCAGUCCCUCUGGAAAUACCCUGCUCCUGCCUUGCCCAGCACAGUUCGCCAGCGCCUGGUGGACCCACAGCACGCCCACGGAUCUCAGAGAGACUUAACUCGCUGCGACUCCGAGUCCUGCAUCCCGCACCUGAGCGACCACCAGCGCAUCCCCAGCGCGGCGCCCAAGCUGCUGGCUGCGCGCCCCAACCUGCUGACCAGGUCCAUCGAGGAGGCUGCCCCCGCGCACCCUGCCCUCGGCGCGCCCACCCCCAACGGCGGCAGCCGGCACGCGGAGGCCUCCGCGCUGGGGGCUCUGCCGGAGCGCCUGCCCGAGAGCCCCAUGGUGAUGAAGAAGAUGAUGAUGGUGAACCACGGCAUGGAGAAGGCCUCCAGCCUCGGGGAGAUCAGCCACCCGACAGCCGGCAAGCACAGCCACUCGGAUUCGUCGCGGUCGCACAGCCCCAGCUCCACCGACCCCGACACCCCCUCCCCCAUCUCUGACUGCCGGCCCAACAGCGCCAAGAGCACCCGCAUCCCGCAGCUGGCUGCCAAGAAGAGCCCGGGGGACGAGGACAGCAGCUUGACGGGCGACGAGGUUGACCUCGGCCAGAGCAAGAAGAAGUUCCCCCUAAAGAUCUUCAAGAAGCCCAAGAAGUAGAGAGAGGAGGGAGGAGGAGGAGGAAACGCACGGACGCGACCCGCUGGGCCCGGGGGCGGCGUUGGCCGCGGGGAAGCGCCGCGCCACCCCUCCCGGCCCCCACGGGCGCUCGGCAGCGCCCGCCGUCCUCCCCCGGGCGCCCUCCCUUCGAGUCGUGUCACCCAGCACCCGCGGCGGGAGGAGCCACCUCCACUUAUUUAUUUCCUGAUCUCUGAGAAACCAAGAAGACGACCGCUCCCCCGAAGUCAGCAGCCACCCUUUCCCCCCUUCCUAUUUCUGUAGUCCCCAGCUUUGCUGUGCAUGGCUUCCAGUUACUCCUGCCUCCGCUCGGCCACACGGCAUUUGGGUUUGGUUUCAAUGUGGUUUUAUUUUUUUAUUUUUUAUUAUUAUUUUGUUUUUGUUUUUUUUUUCUCGUUUCUUCUGCCUCUUCCAACCUUUGCACAGGCUGUUUGGAAGGCCGGGGUGGCGGGAGCCUUGCCGUGGUGCACGCCGGUUGCCGCAGCCCCGGCAGCCCGGGCAGGGGGUGACGCAGGUGUCGGCGGUUGGGCCGACAUCGCAGCAGUUCUCCUCCUUUUUAUGAGUCACUUUCCUUACACCCUGGCCCCCAUCGCUAUGACGGUUGGGAAGGGGAAAGCCCUCUUUGUGCACUCUUGAUAAGCGAGAGCAAGUACAGUACCUCCCGAGGGAGGGCCCUGCCCCUGCUGGUACUCGUGCAUCCAGGAGCUGUGGCCAGGAGCGUGCUGCUGAUGCUUCUCCCACUCGCACCAGGGAGCUGCCGCCCGCGGGGUGCUCACACCUCCCGCCCUGGGCAGCGUUCCCCCCGCCGGAUGCAUGGCACCGGCAGCAUCCAUACGUGGUGCGGGGGUUGGAUCCGGGGCAGAGGAGCCCCCGCCUGCCCCUGUCUUUGCUUCCCUGCCCGGGGGAGCAGGGCCAGGGCCAGACCCCAGCCAGCGCUCGGCAGGGCGAGGAGCGCGGCCGUGUCCCAUGGGAAGCCUGGCAGAGGGAGCACCAGGGAAGGGCCGUCCCCAAGGGGCAUUGGGGCAGAGCCAGCCCCCGCUGCCACCUCUGUGCAAGGCGCCGUGCAAACACGCGGCCACGGCACCUGUCCCCAGGGCAAGCCCGGAGGGAGGGCGCAGGGCACGACCAAGCUGGGAGGCUGCCUCCAGCCGGGCCUUGGGCAGUGUGGGGCAGGGUGCAUGGCCGUGGGGCUGGGUGCAUGGCUGUGGGGCUGGGUGCGUGCCCGUGGGGCCGGGUGCGUGCCCGGGGCUCUGGCCUGGGGGAUGGGGCGGGCUGGGGUGGGUGGAGGGUGCUCACCGGGACCAGUUGGCAGCAGCCUCCAUGCCUUGAGGCUGUGCUCGCUGGAGCCGAGGCCGGGCUCUGCCUGACCACUGGGUACUGCCCGGGUACAGCGGGUGCCGGCUGGGGCCGAGCUGCUUCCCCAGGGCUUGGCUGCUCCCCUGUCCUCCCUGGGAGGCUGCGGGUCUCAUCCUGCAGCUUGGAGGAUGCCUCCCAGGCACCUUCCCCAGCGCAGCUGCUAAGGGGGAGGCCCCUGCCCCUGUCCUGGGCUGAGCCCUGCUCCGUCCCGGGGCCAAGUCUGCUCCCUCCAGCCCCAGCCGCAGCCCCUGCCCGAGGGACGUGGCCGGAGCUCCACCAAGCCCAGGUCCCGCUCCCGCCACCCCGUCCACACCGAGCCGCUGGCCCUGGCCGCCGGCCGGCACCGUCCUGGGAGGCAGCUGCUACCCCGAGGCCAACCCGGGACUCACCUGCUGACGGCAGAGGAAGGUGCACGUCCACGAGGGGCAGGGAGGGAGGCAGGGAGGGAUGCGAACAGCCCCUCGGGGCCUUGCUUUAUGCCAGAGUAAUAUAUACGUGUAUGUUGACAAUACAGGAAGGGCUAUAAAGGUGUUUUUCGUUUUGUAGGUGGUAGUUAGACAAUUACACUGUUGCUUUGAGAUAAGUGAAAAAUUCCUCUAAAUGACUAAGUGCCUGCACUUCCCCGCGGCUGCUCCUGGGCGCGGGGACGGGGUCCCGGCAGCGGGGGCGGCGGAUGGGGCGCUGCUCUGCCCCCGCCGUCGGCGUUGUCGCCGCCUCGGCCGGAGCCGGCCGGGGAGCGGUGCUGGACCCCCGGGAGGGCCGGGGAGGCCUCAAGGAGCCCCCCCGGGGCGCGCUGCCAGCGGGGGCUGCGGGCUGGAGCCGGGGCCGGCGGCGCUGCUCGCGGUGGCGGAGACCUGCGGAUGCUUUCUGGAGAAGGGCUUGGAGAUCCACUGAGCGGCAACUGUUGACGCGUCUGCCAACUCUUGAUUUUUUUUUUUUUGUCAUUUCAUAAAACUUUUAAAUCCAAUAAAGCAUGUAGUAUAUUUUA